AUGGUGAGGUUUGUAGACCGGAAUCGUCGUUUGUACUCUACAGCUGCUAGUCAGCUGUACACAAACUCCACCACAAGCGCCCUCGCCUCCAAGACAGUAUAUUCUAGCCCUGAGCUCAGUCAAGAGUCAAGCCGCUCCAUAGGACCCCCUGCCACAUACUCGCUACGACAUACAACAGCCAGCUACUCUCCUUACUCAAAAAUAACAGCCUCCAGGAUGCCGAACUCGGUACCUGUGUCCGCCACCUCCUCUGAUGAUACCAUGUACACGAGUGUUUCGAAAAGUUCGAGAAGCUUGGCCACAAGCACGUUCCAACUCGAGGUGACCACCUACGACUACACGCAGUUAUUUGUGGUUACUGAUUCUGACACCACGUUCACGUCUAACGUCCACCUCACCACGCAAGCCACGUUCACCCCUACGUCUUCCUUUUCGAUAUCGAGCGCAAUUAUAACAACAGACUCCAACUCUUUUAACAAGCUUCUGGGCCUUCAUCGUGCCUCCACCCACCACUCUGGCAUUUCGACAGGAGCAAAGGCGGGUAUUGGGGUAGGUGUAGCAAUUGGAUUCCUUUUGGCCAUGUGCUUUGUGAUACUCUCUCUGUACCACAGGAAGAGGAAAAAACAAGCGUUUGGCGGGGAGGACGUCUGGGAGCCCGUGCCAACUGAUCCUGUCAGCGAUGGUCACGAAAUACAGACGCCUCCUCUCCCGCCUCCGCCUCGAAAGAGAGUCGCUGCUGCCUCGGAAGCCACGCCGCGCGAGCGUCUAAUAGACGUGCUUCACGAGAACUCUCAAGAAAGCCUUGAGCAGCAGCAAGAACAGCGGACAAGCACCAACAUCACCCCGAAACGCUACGACUCGCACAUUCAGAACCUGACCAGAUUCAGAGAGACCGGCGUUCAGGACGUCGGCGACACUCUGGGCUCUUUUGCCCUGCGCGAUGGCCAGCUGAGACCCCAGACGUGGUGGUCGGACAUUGACAGCAGUGAAGACAGCACUUUAAGCGGAAGCGCAGCGAGCAGAAGCGUCCAGUCUGAUUAG